GAUAAAUAGCAACUACGAGCGAUUGAGGUGCGAUAUUUGGUUAAGCCAGAGCAACAGUCGUCCUGACCCAAAGCUGGACCCAAAGGAACCUCCACCUAAAGCCUGUGAUUCAAAUAGCAGUGACCGACACGUACCUGCAAUCACGAUGGAAGCAGCGGGGAACGCGCAGCCGAUUGCGAGGCCCACACCGUGGUGGGAGUCCAUCUUCGGCGCGGGCGACGACAAGACCUACGUCUCGCCCCAUGCGCGAAACAAGAUUGUAUUGAAGUUAUCAAAAAUUGGGGAGGCCAAGUGCCAGCCACAGAUUGAGGCGUUCAACCAGUGCUGUCGGGGGAAGAAUUUUGCGCAGCUGAUGUGCAAGGGGAAAUACGACGCCUCGCAGGAGUGCAUGCACCGAUACAUGAAUGACGACAACGCUGAGCUGGUGGCCAAGCGCUGGGUGGAGCUGGGGCGGCCGCACAAGCCGGACUGGUCGGUGCUGCUGGCGGGCAUUGAGGAGGCGGGCGACCGGAAAGGCGCCGAGGCGGCCGCAAAGGCAUCAGCGGCAUGAGCCGAGCAGUAGCACUGUAGCGGUGACUGUGAGGUUAGGGUGAGGGUGUGUGAGGCUCGUUGUGUCUUUGGCCGCGUGCAGGUGUGAGUGCUUGCGAAUGAGCAAGAAGAAGAGUGGCCUGGAGGCUGGAGAGGCCCCCAUCUAGGGGUAGUGUGCAGGAGACGUGGUUGACAAACAGCGAAGCGUCUACUUCGUAAAGUGUGGGCUUGAUGACAACAGGACUGGGCGCAGUUGGUUUACGAGCCCUAAGGACCCAAGUGAUUGAGGAUUGGAGUUGGCGCAAGGCUAGGGCCUCGAGGCCGGUGCGGGCGGACAGGGGGUGACACUGUGACAGGGUGAGUACGUGAGGCUGACGGCUGAAUUGCGGAUGCCCAGGUUCCAUCUGAUCGACAUGGGACACACGCGAGUGUGUGGCUGUGUGCCCAAUGGGGUGUGGGGUGCUUUGCAGCAGUGCAGCUUGUGCGGGGUGUGGUAAAGCAGUGAAGCUGUAGCAGGAACGCCAGUAGAAGGACGUGAUGACUAGUCAGUGACUGCUUGCGGAGUGAUUGCGGAGUUGUGUAGGGUUUACCCGCAACAAUAGCACAGGAGAAGUGCCUUGUUGACCGCACGGUGCACGUUCAUGUGCCGCGAAAUUGCAGGAUGGUGCAUAGCAGUGCCUGAGCGCGCGAGGCAAGCAGGCGAUUAGGAUGUGCAGGUCAUACUAGGUUGGACGGGCAGAUGGGCGUUAUCUGCCUGGUGCACGGUGGUGCCGCUGAUGCAUCACAGCCAACCGGCGCACUGCGCGCCUUCCCUGGUGCGCACUGGCCGUGGGGUCCUGCUAGGACUUCAUUGUUAACAGCGUAGAACCAAAUACAGCCUUGGCAAGUGCCACACGCAUAUCUCCGUAUACCGUAACCAC